CUACAUACCUGUUGCUUAAUCAGGAGAUUUUAUUCCAAGCUGAAAAUAUUUAAAAUGACCAAUUCUGAGUCAGAGAAAAUGAGUUCUUGUCGUUUCAAAACAAACAUAUAUUUUUAUUUUUAGCUGAUUCGAAACACACAAAAGGGAAAUCGCAACAUCUAUAGGAAACAGGGACACAGCACGGUUUGAACAUUCUCCUGAAGUUACAGACAGCAAAUAUUUAAUCAACUGAUGUGAUUAUGUUAAAAAAUACAGGAUUUUCUUCAUGUUGAUACUAUGUUUCAGAAAUUGAAUAUAAACGCUUGCUUUCAGUCAUUAUUAAAAAUUGCAGAGAACUUUGUAGUUAAAAGUCAUAUGUAAUAACGUCUGAAGUAAAAGAAUAGUGCGAUAGAUUAAAAAGGUGACAUGAGAGUCUUUACACCAUUGAAAUUUUUUCGGAAAAACGUUUUGGCAAAUUUAUCAAACUUUCAAACAAGUAUAAGAUUCUUCAGUGCUGAUAUAAAGUGUUGGAGGGUACUUUUUUAUGGUACUGAAUAUAUUGAAUGCUUAGAAGCACUGAAUACUAACAGAUUGUCCUCAUCAUCGGAGAGGAUUGUUGAAAGUUUGUCUGUUGUUUGCAAGAAUAUGGACUGCAAAGUUCAAAGAUAUGCAACAGAAAAUAGCUUGACCAUACACACAUGGCCUUGCAGCAUUCCUCCAAAUACAUAUGAUGUGGGAGUUGUGGACGGAUUUGGACACUUAAUCCCAUCCUCAUCCAUUCAAGCUUGCAAAUAUGGAAUGAUCAAUUUGCAUCCAAGCUUGCUACCUCGGUGGAGGGGAGCCGCCCCUAUUCACCAUACCAUUUUAAAUGGAGAUGGUGAAACUGGUGUAACUAUUAUGCAGAUUGCUCCAAAAAAAUUUGAUGUUGGAAAUAUUUUGUUGCAAGAAACUUAUAAAAUACCUGAUCCAGAUAGAACAACAGUAGAAGAAUUGACGAAAGUAUUGAAGAAAAAAGGAGCUGAAAUGAUAAUGCGAACUUUGAAGGAUUUAAUCAAUUCCAUUAACUCAAGCUAUCCUCAGCCUGAAGAAGGUGUGACAUAUGCUCCAAAACUUGAAGCUUAUCAAGGUUGUGUUAACUGGAAUGAGGAUACAGUGGAAUUAAUACAGCGAAAACUAAACACAUUUAAGGACAUUUUUCCAGUCUUUAGCUAUUGGAAAGAUAAAAAAGUGGUAUUCGUCGAGUGCUUGGAUAAAAACGAAGUUGUAGCAGCUAAAAUACCUUCAUUGUUAACGGUGGACGUAUCUCCGGGAUUCAUCUACUUCCACGAAGAACUAAAACUCAUUUUUGUGAAAUGCAAGUUUCCAGUUUAUACUUAUUGGAAAGAUAAAAAAGUGGUAUUCGUCAAUUGCUUGGAUAAAAACGAAAUUGAAACAGCUGAAAUUCCUUCAUUGUUAACGAUGGACGUAUCUCCGGGAUACAUAUAUUUUCACGAGGAAUUAAAACUCAUUUUCGUGAAAUGCAAG